AGUAGACUGGUCUGCCCUUUGAUUCUUCCACCGUGCUGGUCGCUUUCUGUAUCUUGUUCAGAUCGACAGUUCCGACUAUCCUUUACUUCCGUUCUCAUUCGUCUCUUCUUGUCCAUCACACUGGUGUUCAUAUUCCCCAACAACAUUCUUAGGUUGAGAUGGCGUCCCACAAUACCGGGCGCAUCUCCCACUCAUUCGCGCGGAAACAAAAUCGCCAAACAAUCUGGCCAACUCCAGACCCAACGACAUCGGACAUCCAGCUUAGUGCACCUUGGCCCGGUCGCUAUGGUUCCUUCGCAGCCCCAAAUAAACGAUGGACCAGUGCCUUCGACACCGAAGCUCGUGCUUCGCGCAUGAGUUUUCUCGUGGACGGCACGCUGCUACCGCGGGCACCCGUAGCAAACAACCAGCACGAGCAGUGGGUGGGCAAAAGGGCGGAGCGGAGGCAGACGUGGCUAGCUCCUGUUGCCCAGGCGGGGGACCCAGAGAAGGUAUGGAGUGGGGAGUUUGAUGUCGAGAGGCGCCCGAGUUGGGUGGGAAGAGAGUCGGGGGCGUUGGUUGACGACGAUGAGAUAGCAUUGCUGAAGGAGAAGGAGCAAUUCCUGGUGUGUUGGGAGGAGGGCGAUAUCGAAAACCCGUUGAACUUUGGAAAGGGAAGGAAGUGGAUGAACGCAAUGGUUCUCGCUUUCGCCUGCUUCAUGGUGUCGAUCGCAUCAUCGGGUUUCUCUCAAGGCACACGAGACUUGAGGACGGAGUUCAAUGUCGACCAGGUAGUGGCCUUAAUGACCACAUCCGCCUUUGUACUUGGCUUUGCGGUCGGUGCACUUGUACUGUCGCCUUUGAGCGAAGUUUAUGGCCGUCGCGAGCUGUACAUCUCGACCUUUGGCGCGUUCGUCUUGCUCACCGGAGCUUUAUUCUUCUCCUCGUCGAUGACUAUGGUCAUUGUGCUACGUUUCCUGGGCGGGCUUGCAGGAUCCUUCACGCAGGCAGUCGCUCCAGCUGUAGUCGCCGACAUGUUCGACGCGCAAGAACGUGGACUGGUUCUCAGUAUCUUCACACUUGCGGGUCUUCUGGGUCAGAAUCUUGGGCCCAUCAUCUCUGGGUUCCUCGAUGCCUACCACGGCUGGCGCAGCAUCGUCAUCUUCGUCACUGCGGCGUCCCUUCCCACCUGGCUUGUCCUGACCUUCACCUUCCCGGAGACAUACGCGCCUGUGCUACUUCAGCGCCGCGCGAACAGAUUGACCAGAGAGACUGGGAAGCAACAUGUUGUUGCAGGGGCUACGCCGAAGCCAAUCAGCACACAACUACGCGUUGGUGCACUGCGUCCCUGGAUCAUGCUCAUCUACGAGCCCAUAGUCACCCUUCUAUCGCUCUUUCUCUCUGUCGUCCACGGUACGCUCUUCCUUCUCUUCGCGGCCUACCCCAUUGUAUUCCAACAAGUCCGCGGCUGGCCUCAAGGCAUUGCAUCGCUUCCCUUCCUUGCGCUGGUCAUCGGGAUCAUCCUCUCCCUUUUCUACGUUGCAUUGAUUGAUCAGAGGCGCUAUGCUCGUGUAUUAGCGCGCAACAAUGGCAUCGCACCCCCCGAAGCGCGUCUCCCACCCGCCAUGCUCGGCGCCAUUGUCCUUCCUAUCGGCCUCUUCUGGUUCGCGUGGACCAACGGACCCGAAACCUUCUGGUUGAUCAGCGUGAGCGCUGGCGUGUUCUUUGGCUUUGGCAUGGUUCUCCUGUACAUGAGUCUUACGAAUUAUCUCGUCGAUUCGUACCUGGCGUAUUCGGCAUCCGCACUUGCCGCGAGUACUGUGCUGCGGUCCUGCGCGGGUGCGGCAUUCCCUUUGUUUACUAAUAAGUUGUAUGAGAAGUUAGGCAUACACUGGGCGUCAAGCAUUCCGGGCUUCAUGGCAUUGGUGUUCGUGCCAUGUCUGGCCGGGUUCUACCGAUGGGGACAUAUUUUGAGGACCAAGACACGGUUUGGGCAGGAAGCCGCUGCUGCUUUGGCAGCGCAGGCACAGAAGUGAGCGUUCCGCAAGAGUAUUAUUGUAUAUAAGCUUUUCUUGAACUCAUUGAG